CUCAGUCAGUGGCUAUCGAGAGCGGUCGUUAUUGCACCUGCUUCGGUAGUGGUCGUUGGGUAGCAUCCAUCCGGUACGCGCGAGAAGACCCCGUGAGAGACUAAACUUUAAAGAUCCGAGGAGAUCAUUUAACGUCAUGGACGUAAGGCUGCAUCUGAAGCAAAUUGUUUUUCUGUGUUUUAUUAGCCUGCUUCUGACGCCUUGUGGAUUAGCCUGUGGUCCUGGUAGAAGUUAUGGAAAACGAAGACACCCAAAGAAAUUAACCCCGUUGGCUUACAAGCAAUUUAUUCCUAACGUUGCCGAGAAAACGCUUGGGGCCAGCGGCAAAUACGAAGGCAAAAUCACAAGGAAUUCAGAGAGAUUUAAAGAGCUGAUUCCGAAUUAUAAUCCCGAUAUCAUCUUUAAAGACGAGGAAAACACAAACGCUGACAGGCUGAUGACCAAGCGGUGUAAGGACAAGUUAAAUGCGUUGGCGAUAUCCGUCAUGAACCAGUGGCCGGGUGUGAAACUGCGCGUCACUGAAGGCUGGGAUGAGGAUGGUCACCAUUUCGAAGAAUCUUUGCACUACGAGGGACGGGCGGUGGACAUAACUACCUCGGACAGAGAUAAAAGCAAGUAUGGGAUGCUAUCUAGGCUUGCAGUGGAGGCAGGAUUCGACUGGGUCUAUUACGAAUCCAAAGCCCACAUACACUGCUCUGUCAAAGCGGAAAAUUCAGUCGCUGCUAAAUCAGGGGGAUGCUUUCCUGGAUCUGGUACGGUGACACUCGCAGACGGGAGGAGGAAACACAUCAAAGACCUUAAAGUGGGCGACCGGGUUUUAGCGGCUGACGAGGAGGGAAAUGUCAUAUUAAGCGACUUCAUUAUGUUCAUGGACCACGAUCCGACAACGAGAAGGCAAUUCAUCGUCAUCGAGACGUCAGAGCCUUUUACAAAGCUCACCCUCACAGCCGCGCACCUCGUCUUCAUUGGAAACGCCUCAGCUAGUUCGGGUAUGACAGCAACAUUUGCCAGCAACGUGAAGCCUGGAGAUACGGUUGUAGUGUCGGAAGGUACAAGCAAGACCCUCAAGAGCGUUCCAGUGAAGAGGAUUUGCACGGAAGAGCACAAGGGCUCUUACGCGCCAGUCACCGCUCACGGAACCAUAAUGGUGGAUCAGGUACUGGCUUCGUGUUACGCGGUUAUUGAGAAUCACAAAUGGGCACACUGGGCUUUUGCACCGGUCAGGUUAAGUCACAAGCUGAUGACGUGGCUUUUUCCGGCGGGUGAUUCAAACGUCACUUUUCAGGAGGACGGCAUCCACUGGUACUCAGAUAUGCUCUUUCACAUCGGCUCUUGGCUGCUGGACAGAGACUCUUUCCAUCCACUCGGGAUUUCAUACUUAAGUUGAGACUGCAACUACAGUAUCACUAUGUGGGCAUCAGACUCAAAUGUAGCCUAUCCUUAUUUUCUGUAAGAAAAGCCUUAAAGUGUUCAUUGAAUAAUUUAUUUGUAUUGGACCAUCUGUCUCUGGAAACGUAGCUACACACCGAUUCAAGCAUGAUGUGACUGCGCAUUUUUGUGAAACCUACAAUAGAUUAUACAGGGCUGUACAGUGUGCAACCGACUGUUCUAUUUUAUUGGAUAAGCAUAGGAUGGCGCCCAAAAUUUAUAUUUUUAUACACAGGUUUGUAUAUUAGAUUUUUGACGGAUCGAAAAGUAUUUCCAGAAUCUAAUUUCGUAAGUGCUAAUAAGUACGGGAGCGUGUUAAAUUGAUUUAAACAGUUGCGAUGUAUCAACGAACUGUUCAUGUCAUUAUGUCGAGUAUGUCAAGUGUCAUUGUUUUGACCACUGUUCCAACGUUUGUGUAUUCACUACACUAACACUUUUUGUUUAAAUGUACAUUUCUUGACAAAAAUACUCAAAAUAAA